UACGGAAUUCACCCAUCAGUUCACGGAUCUGUUCCUUCCUAAUCCUUCCCUCCUCCGCCUUACGGCCUUAGCAGCAGUUAGCCUCAUCGUAAUCGUCGUCGUCGUCAUCUCCGCUCUCUAGGCCAUCGCCGUCGUACGUCGCCUAGUCGUCGUACGUGGCGCAGUCAUCGUCGCCGCCGCGCUUAUGCCUUUCCCCCACUCCCGGACAAAACCCAGACCUGCUUCACGCCACCAUUCCGCCCCCAAUUAUUUUAGUCAUCCCAUUAAUUUAAUCCUUCCUUCCAUUUUCUGCAACGAACAGUCAUCGCGGCGUGUGUGUAUAAAUACCAGUAGUUAGGAUCCAGUUGUCCAAGCAAUUUCCUAGCUGUGAUUGUCGAUUGCUGUUGCUGGCGGUGGUUGUCCCUGAGAGAACCCUAACUUUGGUGGUGGCGGAGACUGACGGUGGUAGAAAAUGGCGAAGGUGAACGGUGUGGUGGCUAAUGGCGUUUUCGCUUCUGCUAAGCCUGAGAAGCUCAUUAUUGAUACUGACCCUGGGAUCGAUGACAGCAUGGCAAUUUUAAUGGCUUUUCAAACUCCGGAAGUGGAGAUCUUAGGCUUGACCACAGUAUUUGGUAAUGUUUCCACGGAAGAUGCCACUCGCAAUGCUUUGCUUCUGUGUGAGUUAGCAGGGCGUCCUGAUAUUCCUGUGGCAGAGGGCUCUCCUGAACCUUUAAAGGGAGGGAAGCCUCGUGUUGCUGACUUUGUCCAUGGUUCUGAUGGAUUGGGGAACACAUACUUUUCACCACCAAAUGCAGAAAAAAGUGAGAAGGGUGCUGCUGAAUUUUUGGUUGAUAAGGUUUCUGAGUUCCCUGGGGAAGUAUCUGUACUUGCACUUGGACCAUUGACAAACGUGGCCUUGGCGAUCAAAAGGGACUCCUCAUUUGCUAGCAAAGUGAAAAAGAUUGUAGUUCUUGGAGGAGCCUUCUUUGCUCUGGGAAAUGUGAACCCUGCUGCUGAAGCUAAUAUAUAUGGAGAUCCAGAAGCAGCAGACGUUGUGUUUACAUCCGGGGCAGACAUUGUUAUAGUUGGAAUUAACAUUACAACUCAAGUUAAAUUGACGGAUGCCGACCUGACUGAGUUGAGGCAGUCAAAAGGGAAGUAUGCCGAAUUAAUAUGCAAUAUGUGCAAGUUCUACAGAGAUUGGCAUGUGAAGUCUGAUGGAGUCCAUGGAAUAUUUCUUCAUGAUCCGGUGAGCUUUGUGGCGGUAGUUCGGCCUGAUCUCUUCACCUACCGGAAGGGCGUAGUGAGGGUGGAGACUCAGGGCAUCUGCGUUGGCCACACCCUAAUGGACCAAGGCCUCAAAAGGUGGAAUACAAGCAACCCAUGGACCGGAUACUCGCCGGUGGCAGUUGCGUGGACGGUGAACGUGGAGGGAAUCCUUGCUUAUAUUAAGAAGCAGCUGACGAAACCAUGAAUUGACAACGUACAUUAGCUUGGAUGGCUUGUGUAAAGAUCAUUUACCAGUACUGAAGUCUGAGUAUGGAUGGUCAGACUAUGAUCAAUAGGUUCCCAAGGAACUUGAAUGGAUGUGUAAAAGACACGUCGUCGGUCUUGGAUUAAUGUUGUUCAUAUGCAUGAAAUCCACUGUUUCAGCAUCUGCAUAACAAUGGCAAAGGAAAGACUAGAAUUGAUCGGCCAUGGGCCAAUCUGCAGUAAGUAAUGACUUUGCGCAGAGUUUUUUGUUGUUGUUAGAAUGCUAAUACGAUAAGGUUGAACAAACCCAUCUAAAAUCAAAUACAACUUUAUGAGAGAGGUCCGCUCAGAUAAUCAAAGAUGAUAG